GGCUGCGCGCCGUGAGGCGGCCGGGGACCGUUGGAGCGGGGACGCCGAGGCGGAGCGGUGGCGGCUGCGGCCCGGGAGGAGCGGGGCGGCCAUCCCGGGAGAGGUUGCCCUUCGAUGUUUGGUGAAGGAGCUGAGCCCCCGGAGGUGGACGCUGCCCCGCGAGGCUCCGUGUGCCAUCCAGAAUGAUUGAGGAGAGUGGGAAGAGGAGAAGGACAAUGGCGGAGAAGAGACAGCUGUUCAUGGAAAUGAGGGCACAGAACUUUGAUGUCAUCCGACUUUCAACGUAUCGAACAGCCUGCAAGCUGCGCUUUGUACAGAAAAGAUGUAACCUUCACCUUGUUGAUAUCUGGAAUAUGAUUGAAGCCUUCCGAGAUAAUGGCCUUAACACUUUGGAUCAUAACACAGAGAUCAACGUGUCUCGACUGGAAACAAUCAUUUCAUCCAUCUACUACCAGCUCAACAAACGCCUUCCUUCUACACACCAGAUCAGCGUAGAGCAAUCCAUCAGCCUUCUCCUCAACUUCAUGAUAGCAGCGUAUGACAGCGAGGGCCACGGGAAGCUGACGGUGUUUUCAGUGAAAGCAAUGUUAGCAACAAUGUGUGGUGGCAAAAUACUGGACAAACUGAGAUAUAUUUUCUCUCAAAUAUCAGAUUCGAACGGACUAAUGAUAUUUUCCAAGUUUGAUCAGUUCUUGAAAGAAGUUCUAAAACUUCCAACCGCUGUGUUUGAGGGACCUUCUUUUGGAUACACGGAGCAUUCUGUACGGACGUGCUUCCCACAACAAAAAAAGAUCAUGCUCAACAUGUUUUUAGACACAUUGAUGGCUGAUCCACCUCCUCAGUGCCUUGUGUGGCUGCCUCUCAUGCACAGACUUGCCCAUGUUGAAAAUGUCUUCCAUCCCGUGGAAUGUUCCUAUUGCCGGUGCGAGAGCAUGAUGGGGUUCCGGUACCGGUGCCAGCAGUGCCACAACUACCAGCUCUGCCAAAACUGCUUUUGGCGUGGCCAUGCCAGUGGGCCUCACAGCAACCAGCACCAGAUGAAGGAGCAUUCCUCUUGGAAAUCGCCUGCGAAGAAGCUGAGCCAUGCAAUCAGUAAAUCACUCGGCUGUGUACCAAGCAGGGAACCACCUCGUCCCGUGUUUCCUGAGCAGCCAGAAAAGCCACUUGAUCUUGCACAUAUAGUUCCCCCCCGACCUCUGACUAACAUGAAUGACGCCAUGGUGACCCACAUGUCCUCCGGAGCACCGACACCAACAAAGAGGUUGCAGUGCAAGGCGGACGCUGCUGGCCGAUUAGCUGAUGAGCAUGCACUGAUUGCAACCUAUGUGAGCCGGCUGCAGCGCGGGGCACGCGUGCUGGACAGCCCAGGCCGGCUGGACGAGGAGCACCGCCUGAUCGCCCGCUACGCAGCCAGGCUGGCCGCUGAGGCUAGCAACACGCCUCGCCCACCCACAGACCUGGGUUUCAACUUCGAUGCCAACAAACAGCAAAGACAGCUGAUAGCAGAGCUGGAAAACAAAAACAGAGAGAUACUGCAGGAAAUCCAGCGGCUGAGACUGGAGCACGAGCAAGCCUCACAGCCCACGCCGGAGAAAGCCCAGCAGAACCCAACACUACUGGCUGAGCUCCGGCUCCUACGGCAGAGAAAGGAUGAGCUGGAGCAGAGGAUGUCUGCGCUUCAGGAAAGCAGAAGGGAACUGAUGGUGCAGCUCGAAGGGCUGAUGAAGCUGCUCAAAGCGCAAGCAGCGGGCUCAGCACACUCGUCACCCACCCACGGAGCCGGCCGCCCAUUGCCCAUGCCCGUCAGAUCCACCUCCGCCGGCUCCACGCCAACACAUGGCCCCCAGGACAUCGGGGAUGUGCAAGAAGCUUUCACGCAAGGUACAAGGAGGAACCUGCGCAACGACCUGCUGGUGGCCGCUGACUCCAUCACCAACACGAUGUCGUCGCUGGUGAAGGAGCUGCACUCAGCAGAGGAAGAAGAUGAUGAAGAAAUGGAAAAAAUGCAGAACGGGAAGGACCGAGGUUAGAUGGACAACCACAGGCUGUGCAGCAAUUCAGCAUUACUUUUACACUGAGAGGCCUCCGCCAGGAAAUCGGAGCCUAUUGCGACGGACGCUAUCCAGAUGUACUAAAAAUACAAUCUCUACCCUCAAAGAGCCGACACUUUGCGUUAUAAUAAGGCACAGCAGAUGGACAGACAAACAGGUGCUGGGGAGCAUGAGACAGUGUCGGCAGAGAAAGGCUGAGCCCUGCGCUCACAAUGCCUCCAAGGCACCUGGGGCAGAUCCCUAUCAUCUCCCCACUGAAAAACGUAGGAGGGCACCGGGUUGGGUUUCCACACUGCAUAGUAUUUGCCUGAUGCACAGUGCUGAUCUCUGAGCACUGGUGAUGGGAAGGAGGAGGGUUCCUGUGGCCAAAACACGCAGCGUGGGCACACACAUGGGUCCCCGGAGGUCAAUGGGGAUCCCAUUCCUGGGUCUUCUUCCAUUGUGCUGGAAGCUUGCACAUUGGUGUAACCAAAGAGGAAAACAAGAAUCCCACCUUCACAUUGUCUGUUGGGAUCCAGCCUAUGCUAGCCAAGUAUAAUUAGGCACGACCGCUGCAAAACACAAUUCUGCAUGAUAAAACCAGCACCGUUGCGCUCUGAAGGUAAUUUGCAAAGCAGAAAAACAAAGCUUUUGCCCUUCCUGCCUCCCUGCCAUUUUAGUAAUGGAUAGAGAUAACCUGAAAGCAGCUUCAGAGUUCCUCUGAUAGUUUUUACAUUAGAAAUUCAAGUCCUGUCUCAGCUGGGAAACAAUCUGGUAACUGAAGAAGGAGCGAAAUGAUGCCAUUAGAGGGGACAUUGGCAGCACAGAGCUCUUUGUGCCGUCUGUGUGUGGCAGUCCUUUGUGCCCCUUGGACUCUAAUGGCUGCGCUGCACUUUGCUGUAUGGGGGGCAGCUGGGAUGUGGCUGCCCCUUGCCACAGAACAGGGGCUGAGGCACCAGGGUGGUGCUGAGAAGGGCUAAAUGGAGAACAGUGAGAAAAUAAGGGCGAGAAACUACCUCAGGGCUUCUUUAUCCCGCAGGAAGAGUCAGAAGGGGUGAAGAACCGUGAGGACAUUGGAACUGGAUGGUCUUUAGGGACCUUUCCAACCCAACCCAAGCCAGUCAAUGAUUCUGGGUGUUCUUUAGGGUCCUUCCAACCCAAACCAUUCUAUGGGUGUUUUGUAGGGUCCUUCCAACCCAAAUCUUUUUAUGGGUGUUCUCUAGGGUCCCUCCAACCCAAAUCCCUCUAUGGGUAUUCUUUAGGGUCCUUCCAACACAAACCAUUCUGUGGCUGUUCUUUAGGGUCCAUCCAACUCAAGCCAGUCUAUGAUUCUGUGAUUCCGUGGUUCAGUGCCUAUGGGUUCAAUCUCUGUGUUUCCCGUGGUGCAGGCACAGGGGGCUCUCAGUGAGCUUGUGCCCCGAAGACGUCCCCGCGCUGCUGGGAGAGGCACGUUCCGGCCGACCCAUCACCAUCGCGCGACUGUGACUGACUUUGACCUCCCACCGGCGCCGGCGUCCUCCCAACCGACCGAGGGCUUUCCCAGUGGGCAUUUGCCUCUUAGGCCAUUGCAUGUACUGUUUUCCUCAAUGUGUUUACUAACGAUAAUCAGACUGUGCCCCAUCAAACUCUGCCAUUUGCGGGAGGUUCAAGAAAAAGGCAAUACUCCCCGCUCCCGCUACGCGUUCCAAUCUGUUGGAUUUCCUACCCAACAGCGUCACCAUCGCAUCUCACGCUGGCUGUUUCCUCUUGGCUCCUGCCCCUUGCUGUGCAUGACAAAAUGAGGUUUGUGCCAUUGGGGUCUCCUUGUGUGUAAAGCAGGGGGGACUCUUGAGUGCAGACCCUUUAGACCCACCUAGAAGCACCGCCCCGCUGUCAGGUUGCUGUUGUGUUUGAUGUUGCAUUGUCUUCCGUAAGUGAUGGCGUGUCGGGGAGGAACGCGCAAUGGGAGGACCCCGGACCAGUGCCUCUUCUUUAAACUGUUACCAAAUGUCCCCUUCCAGGCAGGGAAUUCGGGGAUGAGCAGCACUGUGUUGGCAUCAGCGUCUCUGUGUUCAUUCUCGAGAGCCAAGUUGGGUUUUGUUUAAAAUUAAGGGAAAGAGCAGAGUUGUGUAGUCUGAGGCUGGGAUCUCACCGCCGUCUGGGUGCUUAGGAAACAUCGCAAUCAGUUCCAAUCACACCAUUUCGGGUUUUUUUUUUUCCCCUCGGUGCUUCGGAAUGUUAUUUUUAGUGGAAGGAGCUGAGUGCCCUAAUGCAGCCAUAAAUAUUUAUCAGGGGUGAUGAAUGGGAAGGAGCGAUAAAGCCCGAAGCCAACGGCAGCCAGUGCGCCACGGAGAGCUCUCGCUGGGUACCUGCAGCCCUUGGGGAGAGCAGAAAUAAACAGAUGUGGUGGCCACAGCCUGAGCCAAGUGUAAAUAUUGUGAGCGAACUGUCAGGGAGGGGAGAGGAGUGAUGAGAACCCGACUCGGCACGUGCGCGGCGCGUGAAACCUGGAUCCGGGGGGCACCCUCAUGACUACUCCUUUUUUUGUGUGUUAUUGCUCACCCCAUGACUUCCCCUUCUUGCUCUGGGGGACGUGGGUCAGUGGGCAUGGUGGGGUGGGGUUGGGGAUGGAUUUGGUGACCUUUGAGGUCUUUUCCAACCGGAAUGAUUGUAUGAUUCUAUUUAGGGAUGUGGUUAGCGGGCACGGUGGCAAUGGGUUGGCGGCUGGACACAGUGAUGUUGGAGGUCUUUCCCAACUGGAAUGGUCCUGUGGCUCUGUGUGCAGCCGUGGUGGUGCUGGGUUGACAGUUGGACAAGAUGGCUCGGCUUUUCCAACCUUCAUCCAUGUUGGGAAGCAAACCUUACAGCUUGCUUGCGCUUAACUGGGAACAUUGCAAACCUUCUGCUUGCCUUCUCCAUCAUCGCCUUAACCCCUGCAGGAGGAACCCUAUAGACCACGCUUUCCCCAGGCUGCACGCUGUGCCACCACGGCUCCAGCGCGUGUGCGUCUUUCCUUUCAGCUCUGGGGUUCAUUUCUUGUGCACACCACGGGGUUUGGUGGCUCAGCCAACACCGGUACCCGGAGCGCGUGGUGGGGAGAUGGGAGCGCUGCUGGUAGGAACCUGUGAACUGGAAGCCAUGUUCUGUCAUCUGCCAAAUAAUGAAUAAAUUCAUCUCAUCCCUA